GACUCACACAACCGCAUUGUUGUGGGGGAAGAGAAGCUCAGGCAGCCGCUGAGCACUGGCACUUCUUACUGCUUAUACACAGUCCCAGCGAUCGGUUUUCAGCUUAAUAACCAAGUAUAUCACUUGAAACCGGUUCCGUCGCCCUGGAUACCUGUCGGUCACUUCUAAGGUUCACUCGGUUCAGCGCGAGCCGCGGCCGCUUUUGGAUGAGCGGACUGAAUGUGGAUUUAACUGCCGCUUCGCUCCGCAGGCCGCACCGCCAUUGCUGCUCUUUUUAUAAGCUUAAUUCGUGAAAAUACUGAGGGUCCUCAUAGCUUAAACAUGAAGAAGAAAAGUCGAAAUCAUCGCCCAGCAGUGAUAAAGAGGGAAACUUCUCCCAUCAAGCCAUCGCCCAACCGGGAGACGCUGACAUAUGCACAAGCUCAGCGAAUGGUGGAGCUAGAGGUGGACGGCAGGGUACACCGGCUCAGCAUCUAUGACAAGCUGGAUGUCAUCACUGACGAUGACCCCACUGCUCAGGAGAUUAUGGAGUGUAACAGUAACAAGGAGAACAACGAGAAGCCCCAGCAGGUUCUGGUGCGCUCGGUCCGCUUAAAAAACAACCAGCAGAAAAAGAAUGCCGCUCUCACCACCUCACAUGGUGGUAGUGCCACCCACAGCAGUUCCAGUGGCCUGUUGGAGCCGAAGGUUAGAACGGUUGAGUACAAUUUGCCAGUGGUACCAAAGAGGCCAGCAGCUUAUUACAAAUACAAUGAGAGGACACCUGAGGAGCUGGAUGAGGAGGUGGAGUAUGACAUGGAUGAGGAAGACUAUGCCUGGAUGGAGAUCAUCAAUGACAAGAGAAGAAGUGAGGGCAUAAGUCAGGUGUCGCACAACCUUUUUGAGUUCCUCAUGGAUCGCUUUGAGAAGGAGUCAUUCUUGGCCACACAGGGUCAGAGUGACCUGCAGUCACUGGUGGAUGAAGAUGCUGUCUGCUGCAUCUGCAUGGAUGGAGAUGGAGCUGACAGUAAUGUCAUCCUCUUUUGCGACUCCUGCAACAUCGCCGUGCACCAGGAGUGCUAUGGUGUGCCAUACAUCCCUGAGGGCCAGUGGCUUUGCCGCCACUGUCUCCAGUGUCCAGCACGACCGGCUGAGUGUGUUUUCUGUCCGAACCGAGGAGGAGCCCUGAAGAAGACCGAUGACGACCGCUGGGGCCACGUAGCAUGUGCCCUGUGGGUGCCAGAAGUUGGCUUCUCUGACACAGUUUUCAUUGAGCCCAUCGAUGGUGUCCGCAAUAUCCCACCUGCUCGCUGGAAGCUCACCUGCUACCUGUGUAAAGAGAAAGGUGUCGGAGCAUGCAUCCAGUGUGAUAAGAUCAACUGUUACACAGCCUUCCACGUUAGCUGUGCCCAGAAAGCUGGCCUCUACAUGAAAAUGGAGCCAGUGAAAGAGGUGACUGCAUCUGGUGCCACCACUUUCUCUGUGAAAAAGACUGCCUACUGUUGCAGCCACACACCUGAAGGCUGUGACCGCCGGUCACUCAACAUCUAUGACGAGCCCCACCUUAAAAAUGGGGUCUUUCACAAGCGAGCUGAAAAAAGGGGAAAAGCCCAGGCCAAGAGCUGGCAGAAGAAAAAGAAUAAAAGAGCAGACCCCGAACCAGAAACAGAACCUGAGACUCCAACCAGCUCUGGACCUAGCAUUACUGCUUCAAGUUUUGACACCAUCCUGAACCAGGUAUCGGUUCAGAGGAAGCGUCCAUUUGUCGAGGGAGUGCUGAGCUACUGGGUGCUGAAAAGGCAGUCAAGAAACAAUGUCCCGCUGAUCCGCCGGUUACAGGCCAACCCUCAGCCGCCUAAAGCCAAGCAGACGGACCAUAUGGAGACUAACCAGGCACUGAAAGAGCAGCUGAAAGAGUGGCACCGCCUCCGCCACGACCUGGAGCGAGCCCGCCUGCUGCUGGAGCUAAUCAGGAAGAGAGAAAAACUGAAGCGGGAGGAGAUGAAGCUGCAGCAAUCUGUGCUGGAGGUCCAGCUGACGCCCUUCAACAUCCUGUUGAGAGCCGUGCUCAGUCAGCUGCAUGAGAAGGACCAGUACAGCAUCUUUGCUCAGCCUGUCAGCGUUAAAGAGGUACCGGACUACCUGGACAUCAUCAAGUACCCCAUGGACUUCUCCACUAUGAGGAAACGAAUUGAUGCUCACUUCUACCGGAGCCUGGAGGAGUUUGAGGCUGACUUUGACCUCAUAAUAUCCAACUGCAUGACAUACAAUGCCAAGGACACAUUCUUCUACAAGGCAGCUCAGCGGAUGCAAGACCACGGCGGAGCCAUCCUCCGCAGGGCCCGUAGAGAAGCAGAGAGGAUUGGCUUUGACUUCCCCAGUGGGUUGCAUCUUCCUGAAGUUCCAAAACUGGAGCCGCCACCACCCUUCACCUGGGAAGAUGUGGACCGCUUGCUGACUCCCACCUACCGCCAGAAGACCCCUCUGGAGGAUCAGCUGAAGGAGCUCCUGGAGAAGCUGGACCUGAGCGUAGCCAUGAAGCACAGCCCAUCCCGCAGCAAGAGGCUGAAGCUACUCAAGAAAAUCAUCACCGAAGUCCGGAGUGAGAUAAGCCUGAAGAAUUCCCUGCCACCACAGCCUACUGCUCCAGAUCCCAGCCCAUCCCCUGCUGAGUCUGAAGCCCAACCACUACGAGAACUGUUGGCAGAUCCCUGUGUGCCACAGGAGGACAAGUCUUUACCUCUGCCACCAUUAGAGCUGUUAACCUCACCAUCCCAAAUCUUGCCCACAGACUUAGACUCGCCCCUCCUGAAGCUCACUAAACCCUUGGACCAGACACCCACAGAGCUUGACAACAUCACUAGCACAUCUACCUCAGUGCCAUCGGACACCCCAAAUGGGCACAUCCCAGAGUCAUUGCUCCCCAAGGGUGACCAUUACAUGGACCGCUGUAACCGGCGGACCAAUGUCCUCUUUCGCAAGUCAAAAAGUGCCAGCCCACAGAAACCACCCCGGACGCAAGAGGCUUCUACUGGGUCCCCGCCACCCCUGGGCGCCAAAACCUUCCUGUCAGUAGUGAUCCCUCGAUUGGAGACGCUCCUUUUGCCGAAGAAAAGAAAACGCAGCAGCAGUGCUGAUGGCGAGGAGGAUGAGGAGUCGCCGAUCAAACGACUUGGUACAGGAAUAGCAAAUGGUUUUGUGGUGGAGGAGGAGGGUGUGGUCUCACAAUCUCCUCGUCUGCUAGAGCCACGCCGACGCUGUGCCUCUGAGUCAAGCAUCUCUUCUAGUGGAAGCAUCCUCUGUGACACAAGCACCGUUAUUGUGUCUAAAAGUGGUAAAGGGCGACCGACCACCGCUCGACGGAGCACCAUGGAUGACAAAAGCACUCUGAUGACCUGCAUUGAGAAUGGCAAGUUCAUCAAAGCUGCCAAAAUAUCUUCAGAGGUGUGGAAACCCACCGCUGCUUCUUCAUUUGUUCUGGAGCCUCUUAAACUAGUUUGGGCUAAAUGUAGUGGAUAUCCCUCCUUCCCUGCCCUGAUCAUGGACCCCAGGUCACGGAGGACAGUGUGUCGGCACAGCGGGGUGGAGCUUCCCCAGCCACCGCUGGACGUUCUCAGAGCCGGAGAGCGGAUGCAGUUCAGGUCCGCAGAGAAACUCUUCCUCGUCCACUUCUUCGACAGCAGGCGCAGCUGGCAAUGGCUUCCUAGAUCCAAAAUGGCUCCCUUUGGGAUCAACAAGAUGCUCGACAGAAUGAAGCUGAUGGAGGCUCGGUCCUCCUCCAUUCGAAAAUCUGUGCGUCUCGCCUUCGAUCGAGCCAUGAAGCACCUGGACCAUGUUAGCAGAGAGAUGGAGCCGAGCACUGGCCUCACUGUCACGGACUGAAGCCCUACCACCUCAAAAAUCCUCCAAUCAUCCAUCUCUUCUCUUAAUCAUUAGUCAUGUUUUUGUCAUUGCAGAGAACACUGUUUCUGCCGCAUACGCACAACACACACGUCUUGUUUACCAUGUCCUUCAAACUGGAACCAGAUCAUUUCCACCCCUCCUCACACAAAGGUUCCACCUCUCUGAAAUACUGUAGCUUGAAACUGUUGUUCUGUUUUGUCAAAGAGCUAUGCAAUGAAAAAUGUCUGUCAGUUCAAAAAGUUGAUAGAGGAAAAAAAAAAAAAAAAAAAA